CAAUGAAUCAAAUGUGAACCACUUGUUUCUAUAAUAAUUUACAUUUGUAAAUAAUGGAUAUGGAGAGAUUAAUUAAAAAGAAGAAACGGGUCAAACGUGAUGGCAACCUUCAGCAAUUGGCUGAAAUUGUCAAAGAGCUUGGAGAUGCAUACUUUGAGAGUGGCAAAUAUGAAGAUGCAUUACAGGAGUAUAUUGAACAAUUGGAAAUCUGCAAUAUCUUAGAGGACAAAUUAAAUAUUGCAGUGGCACAUAGAAUGAUUGGAGAAAUGUAUGCAAAUAUGGGCACGUAUGAGGAAGCAUUGAAGCAUCAAAAUCUUUAUUUGGAUGGAGCCAAGGAAUUAAAAAAUACAUUAGAAGAACAAAGAGCUUAUGCAACAUUAGGUAGAACAUACUUUUGCUGGGCUGAAAGCUUAGAUGAAAAAUCUGGAAUAAAAUCUGAUGCCCUCACAAGUGCAAGAAAGGCAUAUAUGAAGAGUAUACGUCUAUGUAAUGGACUUGGAGAAACUAAUAUUGAACACAAGGAGUUAAUCACUAUGAGGGCACGGUUGCUAUUGAAUCUGGGACUUGUACUAGAAGGUCAAAAGGAACACCAAGAGGCUGUUGAUUUAUUGGAAAAAGCAGCAGCAUUAUGCAAAAUGCAUACUUUACGAGAAGAUUCAGAGGCGCAAUGCUUUCAAGCAGAAUUACUUUUAAAAGUGGAAAGGUGGCCUGAGGCACGAAAAAUAUUAGUUUCUCUUUAUGUUGCAAACAACUUGCCCCAAAGUCUUAAGCAUCAAAUAGAAAAAAACCUCAGAAUAGUUGCAACUUUACACUCGACGGAGCAAGCUUUAAGCACAGAAGAAACUACUAGUGGAAAAUUACAAUUUUACGAAACAUUAGGGGAUGCAGCAGUAGCUGCACACUGUUUCGAAAAAGCCAUAGAAUAUUACAAAAAAAUGCUCACAUGUGCAGAAGAAAUUAAAAGCGAUCGUACAGGAGCAGCUUUGUCGAGUUUAGCUCAAACUUUGAAAGACGUUGGACGGGAUCACGAAGCGUUAGAAUUUGCUGAAAGAGAAUUAAAAUUGUGCACGGAUUCGCCCGAAAUAUGUAGAUCAGCUUUAUUUUUAGCAGACCUAUUAAUAGCUACUGAAGCAGCCGACGAGAAAAUUAUAGAAACUUAUGAUCUAGCUUUGAAAAAUGCGAAAAAUUGCAACAAUGUUUCGUUGGAAGCAAGCGUUCUAAACGAACGUUUGAAUUACUUAGAAAGAUCUGAUAAAACAGAAGAAGUAGAAAUACUCAAAGAAAAAUUAGACACACUAGAAAAAUUAUGUAUCGAUACAGACAGCGAAAGUGAAUCAGAAGAAAAUAAUAUCGGUGUAAAUAUUUGUUUGGAAGAUUUGCCAGACGUAGAAGCAGAGUUAAUGAUCAGGGAAAAUAUCAAAAAUAGGAGACGAAUGAAAAAGAAAUCAGUUGUUGUAAAGAGGAACGAGAAAGGUGAAACGCAGCUUCACGUGGCUUGCAUUAAUGGAAUCGUCGAAAACGUGGAAAGAUUAUUAGAAGCUGGUCAUUUGACGAAUGUCAGAGACCAUUUUGGCUGGACUCCUCUUCACGAAGCCGCUAAUCAUGAUCACUUGGAGGUUGCAAAAUUAUUGUUGAAAUAUGGUGCAGAUAUAAACGAUCCCGGAAGUCAGAUGUGCCAAGGAGUCACGCCUCUUCAUGAUGCUGCUUCCUGCGGUAACAUUGCCAUGAUGAGACUCUUAAUAGAGCACGGGGCAAACGUGGCACUUAAGGCAAAUGAUGAUGAUACUGCAUUAGACUGUUUAGAGCAGUGGAGAAAUCGCGUCGAUUUUUUAUCCCCUGAGGAUCAAGCGGAUUACGAUGAAAUACACAAACUGUUGUCUAGUAUGAUACCAGCGAGCCAAAGAAAAAAUUCAAAACGGUUUCAUAAGUCACUACGUGAUUCAAAGACUCGGAAUAUGGAGAAAAAUAAUCCUAUGGACAAGGUUUCUGCAGGUGAGGAUUACAAAAGGACUAUAGCUAAUCUGAAGCAUAGAAGCGAUUCAAUUGGAUCUUCUCUGUCUCGUAUUGAACGUAAUAUAAAUCCACUUUUAAAUAAUGAGGAGAUUCUUACGGAUAACUGGUUAGAAGACGAUCUUAAUGAGAGUGUUAACGAUAAACGAUAUUCUGGCGAACAUUCUACUUCAAUGACAAAAAGGAAAUCGAGCAUUGGUGAUAUUGAUGUUGAUAAAAAUUUGAAACGUAAAAGAAUACAUAAUCAGGAUUCUGUGGAAAAGGUGGGGGAACUUAAUUUGACAGAUGAGAAUAGUAACAAUAGUUGUGAUACUGAAGUAGCACAUGCCUCCAAUGAAUGGAGUUUUCGGAAAAAAACCCAGCAAACGUCCUUGUUGUCGAUUGGAUUUACCAAAAAUUCUAUUUCUAGAACUCCUUCACCUGCAACUCCAUCUACCACAGAGUUUGAAGUUAGAGUAAUCCAUGCUAUGAAGUCUGUUAUAUUAAAUAUUUCUGUAGACCGAAAAGUGUUCAAAACACAGGUAGAAUUCUCAAAUACAACGAGACCAUCGAUACAAGAAAUUCUAGCUGAUAUUGAAAAGAAAUUUUAUAGCGACACCGGGUGCAAAGCAAAAUUAGAUUUAAAAACUACGAAUGGUAUUGCAAUUAAUUCUAAUAACGUGUUCACGAUAUUAAACGAGGGAGACGUUGUUAAAUACUUUCUAUGCAAAAUAAUCGAACUAGAGACACCUUCUAUUGUUGAACGAUAUGGAACCUAAAUAUUUACAGAUGUUCGAGAGUGUAUAUUAAAGUGUUUAAAGUCAUGCGAGAACACGUUUAUUUUACGGCUAAAGCAGGAAGAUGUUGAAAAAAGAGAACUUAUAUCUUUAUUGAAAACUUUGGAAUAUCAAAAGAACGUUCAAAUACUGGAUUUAUCUGGUGGUGAAUUGCAUGAAAUCGAAAAAGUUCUAAGCAAUUGUCUUUUAAGAUUAUCAAAUUUGCAAGAAUUAUGCCUUCAAGGAUGUGAUAUAGAUUCUCAGUGUCUGAGCCAAUUAGAAAAACUACCAUCUCAACUUAAAUUUUUAGAUCUCAGCUAUAAUCCGCUUGGAACAAUGGGUCAAGAAAUAUUGUGCAAACUUCUUGCUCCUUUGACACAACUUCAGACACUAAAUUUGAGAUACUGUCAAUUGAAUAAUUUUAGGUUCCUCAUGAACAAUAAUAGUCUCGUAAAUUUGGAUAUUUCUUGGAACCAAUUUAUAGAUGAUGGACUCUUCACUACUUUACAGAGGCAAUUGCUUAAUUUAAAUUUGUCAAAUACUGUUUCUAAUGGAGAUUUUAAUUUGGUGAAAAACAUCCUAAAUGAAACGAAUUCUUCAUUUGUGAAUUUGGAAUGUUUAGAACUCGCAUUUUGCAAAUUAUCAGACGUCGAUAUCGAAAAUAUAUUAUCGCGUGUAUCAAACCUUUCGAAAGUGGUGCUUCGGGGAAAUAAAAGAGUAGGAGUAAAGUCUUUGAAUUUGUUACUGAAACAUACGCCAACUUUGAGACAUAUUGAUAUCAGUGGAUGUGAGAUUAUUGCUGAUUUUCCCGAUUUUGAUGUAUUUAUUGAAAAUCCUGAGAUUUGUACGUUAAUCGUGAGUAUGAAUUCGGGAGUGUGUGAAUGUUGGAUUUGUUUAUGGCGAAGAAGGGGUGUUGUGGAAAAAGUAAAGCACGAGCUUGUUAUAUUUAAGCCCGUUACGAAAAUUACAAAUUGA